AAUCAAAAGUCAAACAGAAAACUUGCAAAUCAAGCCACAAGAAACCUGUAAGAAAAGCAACUUGUAGUUUGUAAACGGCAAAACUAAAAUAUCGUGACUUUCAUUUAUUGAAUUUGCGGGUGUCUAGUAUUCAUCAUAUUCGACCUUUUGUCUGAUAAUAUAUAAAAAUGCCAAAGGUUUCAGUUAAAGUCAAAUGGGGGAAGGAGCUGUUCAAGGAUGUUGAAGUAAAUACAGAUGACGACCCCGUGGUAUUCAAAGCACAAAUAUUUGCCCUGACAGGUGUACAGCCUGAAAGACAAAAGGUAGUCUGCAAAGGUGUAACCUUGAGGGAUGAUUCGUGGGCCAAUUUCAAAUUAAGUAAUAAUGCAUUAGUGCUAGUGAUGGGUAGCAAAGAAGAAGAUUUGCCUACAGCUCCAGUGGAAAAAACAAAGUUUGUGGAGGAUAUGAAUGAGUCUGAACUGGCAACAGCUCUGGAUCUUCCUGAAGGACUUAUAAAUUUAGGGAACACAUGUUAUAUGAAUGCUACAGUACAAUGUCUUAAAACUGUACCAGAGUUAAGAAAUGCAUUACUCGACUAUGAUCAUACAUCUGGGGGUGGCACAGCUGGUGGUCUAACUGCAGCCCUGAGUGACACAAUGAGAGCCCUAGAAAGUGGGGGUCCCGGGGCCUGUGCAGCAUCUGUAUCAAGACUGCUCCUCGCUCUUCAUGCUGCAGCCCCGAGGCUUGCUGAACGGGGAGCUGGAGGUGUAUUAGCACAGCAAGAUGCUUCUGAAUGUUGGACAGAGAUGAUUAGAGCACUGCGAGCAAGGCUACCUAUGCCGGGAACGGACAGUAAAUCAGUGAUUGAAAAAUAUUUUGGUGGUACUCUGGAUGUGGAGUGGGUGUGUAGUGAAGCUGAAGAGCCGUCAACCAAGUCUGAAGAGUCUUUUCUUCAGCUAUCUUGUUUUAUCUCGCAAGAUGUCAAAUAUUUACAGUCUGGACUUAGAUCUAAAAUGUCAGAACAUAUUACAAAAAUGUCAGAGUCAUUGGGAAGAGAUGCUGUUUAUACUAAAACAAGCAAAAUUAGCCGUUUGCCUGCAUACUUAACGGUUCAAUUUGUCCGUUUCUAUUUCAAAGAAAAGGAAUCGAUUAACGCCAAGAUAUUGAAGGAUGUGAAAUUUCCACUCGACCUUGAUGUGUAUGAAUUGUGUUCACCCGAGCUACAGGAGAGAUUGACGCCUAUGAGGAAUAAAUUCAAGGAAUUGGAUGAUGCAGCCGUACUACAAUCGCUCCCAGCUCGUAAAAAGAACCAAGGGGACAACAAGGAUCUAAGAAAAAAGAAACUGGUGCCAUACUGGUUUGAAAAUGACAUAGGCAGCAACAACAGCGGCUUCUACCGCUUGCAGGCCGUGCUGACCCACCGCGGUCGCUCCUCUUCGUCGGGGCACUACGUGGCCUGGGUGGCCCGAGGGGACUCCUGGCUGCGCUGCGACGACGAUACCGUCACGCCCGUCUCGGAGGAAGAGGUGCUCAAGCUGAGUGGAGGAGGUGACUGGCACUGCGCAUACCUGCUUCUAUACGGACCUCGAGUGCUGGAAGUACCGGAAGAAGACGAGCCCAUGGUCACAGAAGUCACAGACGAUACGGCCGGGAACCCUCCCACGGCACUCGCGUAAUUUAAUAAUGUAUAAUCAUACUUUAAGAUGGUCUCAUCGGACGUCACUGACUCAUAGGUAGAAUGACAGUCGGAGAAUUUUAUGUAAUAAAAACUGGAACUAACGGCGAGCGAGUGUACUAAACUCGUCGUUAGGUUUAUUAAGAAUUUAUCUUAUUUAUGAACGUGCUGGAACCCUUAACGGUUCUUGAACGGUUGACUUUUGAGGAAAAAGUUAGGUAUAUUUUCAUAACAAUACUGUCUUUCAGUCUAUGAAACUCAAAUACCUGAUAUUCCUGUACGCGUUAACUCGAUGUUUGAUGGAUGGCUUCUGAUAUAAUUAAUGGUGUAACUUAUUUUUUUGUACUCGAGGCCUAAAACAUAGAAUUUCUAUAAUUUUUGUUGUAAAUGUCUUAGGUAAAUGCCAAAUUCAUGAUGUUCCAAUGUCUGUUAUAACGAAUGAUGUAAAUGUUCCUGGACGAAGUCUUACGCCUUUUUAUUUAUUAAAAAUUCCAUACAAAACGAUGUAAUUAUGUUAAAAGAUAAGUAUUACACUUAUCCCAAACUUUGUCAUCGGAGUGAACUGAGCCGCUAGUUCAAACAAAUAUUCUCGAAUGUCCAGUGCACAAUCAUUAAUUCAAACGAUAUUUCUUGAUUACCUAUCCAACAUUUACGAUUACCGCAGUAUCAAGAACAAAGAAGGUGAACAUUGUUGGCCAUUUCCUCUAAAAUGUUGACGUAGAAUAAAAAAAACUUGUGUAUUGCAUUCAUAGUUUGUAUGAACCAAAUCAAUUUUAUAAAAAAUAAAAUAAUUAGAGCGUGUUUUAAUAAACAUUUAAAGGUCUCAAAUUUGUAAUUAGAAAUAUAAUUUUAAUUUAUUAAAAUCAGCAUUUAAAAUGCAUGGCGGGGUCGCUCCUCUUCGCUUUUGUUCUUUACAUUCUGAUGUAUUGACUUGUAAGACUUAACUAUGAAUAAAUUUCUUAAUAAUA